CUUAUCAUCAAGCCUUAUCGCGAUGCAGCAUCCCCAUUCUUCAAACAGCACAGCUUCAUUGCUGGAGGUGAAGAGGAUUUGACUUGAUACUUGGCUUACAAAAACCUUACCAUCAACCUGUCACUCCACCAUUACAGACUCCAUCAGAUCAAAAUGCCAAUACAUGUCCUCCCUCUGACAGAACCCGACAUCCCAGGCGCCGUAACCGCCAUCCAGGAAGCAUUUGCAGAGGACCCAUACAACCAAUGGGUCUACAACGAUCGAAGCAAGCUUAACCUCAAUCGAAACCGUGUUUCUCUCGGCAUACGAUGCCACUGGGGGAUACGCAAUGCUCUCUUCUACGUAGCCAAAGACUCUGAUGAUCCAGAUGGCAAUGUUUUGGGCAUUGCGAUGUGGAUGCCUCCGCGGCCUGCUGAGCUGAAAGAGACGUGGGGAGAAUGGAUUGAAGGGUGGAGAUUGUGGGGUUCUCAGGUGGUUAUGAAUUUAUGGUAUGGGAGAGGAGGGUUGAAUGUUAAGAGGUAUUACAUUUGGAAAACCAAGCAAGCAGAAGCCCAAUCUGAGAUCUGGACUGAUCCCAAAGGCUACUAUUUUCUCAAUAUCAUGGUUGUGUCGCCUUCCCAUCAAGGGAAAGGUAUCGGCAAGUUGCUUGCCAGAGAGGUCACCAAGAAAGCAGAUGCCGAAGGAAGGAAAUGCUACUUGGAGUCGAGUCGAGAUUUGCCGAACAUGAAAAUUUACGAGGCUAUGGGGUUUCAUUUUGUGAAAGAUAUGGAUUGUGAUGAUGAGGGAGAGGUGUGUAAGCUAUUCUGCAUGGUCAGAGAUCCUCAGAAAUUACCCUGAAGAUAUUAAGAAUGGGGGAAUGUCGGUAUUUCUUCAUUUUGGUCGAUUCUUGGUAACGAGGGGAUGAGCUGGCUUCACUCUCCCCAAAAACUUGAGGACCAUAAGUUGGAGAGUUCAAAUAUUCUGAUAUGGUAUUUCUCUCCCUCGUCAGCUUGCAUUUUCAGGCAGCCAAGCUUGGCAAACUUAUUCUUUAGUCCAAGUUGUGAUUUGCCCAAAUUAUCAACUUACCUAAGCAAU